UUCCGUAUUUAAUGCAAAAUUUGCAUAACAGUCGUAUUAAAACGUGUUAUAUUAAUGAUUUACAGCUGUUUAUAUACCGGUAUUCAAAUAGGAUGCGUGAUAUACAGAUAACUUUUACUUGUUUCGAAAUACUUGCACUACGCUAGUACGAUUUUAAAAAAAAGUUUUGCUUUGAUCAUGUAUCAUUUCAUUACGGGAAGUUAGCUACGACGGAUAUAAGAACGGAAACGGUCUGCAGCUCUCAAAUACGGAAAUAUCUAACAUCCGAUGCAUCAUUGACACUUUUAGACAAUAUCAAAAAGGACGACGAAGUUCCAAAAAUCUCCAUAUACCCUUGCUCCGCUACGGACACCUGUUGGAUUUGUGUUUAUUCCAAGUUCAAAUAUUUUCUCGUAGAUGAAAAGCUUACAUGUCGUGCUAAAGCCCAGGUAUUUUCAAAUCGUUAGAAAGUACUGAAAACUGGGGAGUAGAAAAAAGAAAGAAGUCAACGCGCAUACAGUUAGACGGGUGACCGCCUGACUAUAGACUCAUGCAAAUGCAACUUUCGUUUUCAAAUUUAGCCUGUUUACUUUCAUUUUCUUUACUACCUGAAAAAGCUGAAGAUCAUCUGACGUCACUUUCUGUGUUGUCAAAAACAUACGUAUGUCUGGCGAGAUUGUAUAAAAAUGUGCCCGUAGUCCUAAGGAUAUACGAUAACGUGACAGUCGUAUGAAAAUGUUGUGCUGAUAUUAUAUGGCUGUUUACGGCUGUUUAUCUAAGGACUGACAGAGGGUAAUGAUAAUUUUGUUUCGAAAAAAUACGAGAGUAAAAUUUAAAUUACAAGUUUAUGUUUAUCAGUUUUUGCAACAGUUGACAAAAGUUGUAUUUAAAAAGUUAAAUAAACUGAAAAUAGUCUUCAUACUAAGGCGUGAUACAAUUCGGAUUAUAUGAAUUAAUUAAACUGUAAAACUGUUAAAUAAUCCUUGUUCCUUUAAACUUUCUUGCCAGUUUUUGUCUUUGUGCACAAUAAUGACAUUGCAUUCAUUUAAAUCAUCAAAGCAAAAUAUCUCUAAGCAUAUGUAUAGAAAGCCAGAGAGCGCCUCACUAAUUUUAUACGGAUGUACUCAAUAAAACCCUAAAUGUUUUUUUAUAAAACUAUUGAACAAAUUUCUCUGAACCACAUUGUUCAUGAGUGUGUGCAAAAGCCUGAAGGAUGUGUUCUGUCCGGUUAUAAAAAUAUAUAAGAUAUAACUUCACUAAUCUAUGAAUUGCCUCCAUGUACAUCAUUGUGACAUCUAACUAAAUUGUGUUUAAUCUGUAUGUUUGGAGCUCUUUUACGACUGAAAGUUGUCAGAACGGAACAGAACAGAAUAGAACAGAUCUUUUGUUUGGUAAACACAGAUUACAAACAUUCAUUACAAAGCUUUAUACCUUAAAUCUGAUGACAGCCCUUCCAAAUUCAUCUUCUAUAUAAUCAGAUUUACAAUAUUGCUAUUUUUCUUUCUACCAAUUUAAAUAAAGAAUAAGUUUCAUUAUAUUGUAUACAUAAGAACAUGAGAUUUUGUUCCUAAACUAUUUUUAAAAAAGUGAAAUCAAGAGAAAAUCACUCCCGAGUCAGGAAUCGAAACCGGGCCGCCGCGGCAAUGAAUAUUUUCCUGCCUACAUACUUAUCGAUGGUUAAAUAUAAAGCUUUGUAAUUAAGGCAAUUUACCUACGGUACUCCUUACAAACGUUUUUUCAAUUUUGAAUGCAAAAAAUAAGAAAAACAACUAAUUCUCAUGUGUUUCUAUAAGCUUUCUUAUUAGAAUUAUAAACCCGUACGUGAUAUUCACAUAUCGAAAACUGGAAUCCUAGGUUAAAUAUUGAUUUUUUAAAACUUCUAUUUAAUGUUAAAUUUUGACGUAUUACCUUCCUAUUUAGACAAGGCAUAGACACCCAACAAGUACCCUAUUAUGCUUGUUUCAAUUGACUGAAUUAUCUGAAUUUAAUAGUGAUACGCAAUAAAGGUAAAUUCAAAGCAAGUUCUCUCUCCGACAAAAUUUGUAUGCAUGUUCAUGAAUUUCCAGUAAGAUCUCAACGUUUUUUGACAGUGUAAAUAGAGGGGGGAUUAAUCAGUUGUUGAUAUAAUCUUUGUUUUAGCUGAAUCGGAUAUGUGCGUAUACAUUUUUCAGAUUAUAAAUUCAAUUUUACAUUUCAUAAUUGAAACGUUUUACCACAUAAAAACAUCCUGUUUGAGAGGUUUUGUCUCAAGUGUAUUCAAAUUCACUUUAUUUCCUAUGACAGCUAUAGUAUCUGACAAUACUGAAUGCAAAUUUCAUCCUUUUUAAAAAGGACGACCUGUCUAUUUAUUCAUCAUAAUUGAGCAAGAUAUUUUAGAUGCGGACGGCUAUUAUAUAACUUAUUAGGAUAAUUGUUCAUGCUUAAAACAUAGAAGGGAAGGGUACAACAGCUGAUAGUAUUGUUAUUUCUUUCCGUGUUUAACGCUAGAUCAACAUUGCUUGUUUCGAAAUACUACUCUCUUAACUUUUUUUUACAGCUAUAAUAGUUUCAUUAUGGAAAGUUAAAAACUUUAAAUACUACGGCCUGAUGAAAUUCGGAUUAUAAAAAUGGAAUCUGUGUGAAAUUUUAAUCGUUUUAAAGUUAAAAUAACCUUUGUUUAAGAAGUAUUGCGAUUGUGAACAGUUGUAUUUGAUGACAUUCUUAGUCAGUCAAACACAGAGAUACUAUAAAUCAUUUGGUCAAAAAAAUUGAAAUGAUCUUGACUUAACCUCUUACGUAAAACACCCGAUUUAAAGUGACUUAUAGACAAAGCACCUUUUCAACAAAUCAAUAUGAACACCAACGAUAUCUGCAAAAAGCAUGUCUGCACACAAAGGGGAUGUACCAGAUUACAAGAGAAACAGUUGGAUUUUUUUUAAAAGACGGCUGUACCAAAUGUUCGCGAGGUUUACAUCCAGUUGAUAACUGUCUAUUAAUAUAGAUAUAUACAAACUGCCGAAUCGGUAGACUUAUCUGUGGCCGCCAGAACCGUUACAAAAAGUAUGAAAACCGAGGCAUGAUUUUAUCGACAUCAAACUGAUGUUUUACUCGCAUUACAACAAUUCCUUGCGUUGCCGUUAGUGCAGCCCUUUAAUACCACGAAGGGGUUUUCUGUGUGUCUAAAACUUCUGUGUUUUAGACAACCUGAGUUAGAUAACAGCCAAAUAUUGCUCUGUUAAAAAUAUUGCAACAUACGAAAUUUCUUUCCGUCACAUAGAAGAAUAAUAAAUUGAAUAAAUUGACUACAGACGUUGCCAGCAUAACAGUUUUUAACUGUGAAUGUUACCAUUUACACAAAUUUACCCAUAGAAAUAUAAACAGAGAUAUUUUAAUUGUAAUACCGGUGUAAGCGUAAAACAGGACGUUUGUUAUUUAUUGGCAUUCAGUUCAUAUCAAAUAACAGCUGUAGUAUCUGAAUAAGUCGAAGGUGAAUUAUUUUUCAUUAUGAAAGUUGAUCAUGGUUAUAACGGUUUAAUUUAUCAGAUUUUUCAUUUUUAGAAAUAGGAAGUGUUGUACUUGUAAUUGUAACAUUCAUGAACCCCAAUCAGACUGUCUAUUUGCCUAGGGUCUACAACACAAAGACAAACCCUGUUCUAUCAGGUCUACAUACACUGCUUUGUUUCGUGCGGAGUAUCAUUUCGCUGCAUCUUGCAGCAACUUUCGUACUUGCCAUAUAUUGAGGCCACAUUUAUAUAUUUGAUAAAAUAAAACCUGGCCAAGGUAUUUGUCUUUGCUUAAUCAAAACUGGGUCAUCUUUGGUUAAAAUCGAGGUCAGUAGUUAAAAUCAUUAUGACAAGGUUCCAUGUACACUGAGAAUAAAAUGUAGCCGUUCAGUUUUAACAAAGUUUGUUUUCUAUUAUUUGACCUAGUGACCAAGUUAUUGAUCAUAAAUAACCCAGUUUCUAACUUGGUGGGUAUUAUAAAGGAGGAUUCAUAUAAAUCAUGUAGAACAUUUAACAAUUAGAGUGAUUUACAAAAUUUGAUAUAUUGACCUGAUUUUAAUCCUAAUGGCUCUAUUUCAAGCAUUUGAUCUCGAGUUCUGGUCAGAUUUCAGAUAUAUCAAAUAGCUCUAUGACCUAAUGACCUAGAUUCCAACCGAGUUUGGAAGUGGAUGAAAAUUUUAUAGAUAUAAAUAUUUUAAUCCGGUUUCAUGUAUAACAAAAAGAAAAUGAUCCUCUAGAAUUUUGAAAUUGUUUUUUCAAUAUGAUUCGAUGACCUAAAUUUACCGCCCCAAAGAAAAAAGUGAUUCAGAAUCAAACUUUUCAGAGAAAUAUUAGAGCCUACUGUCUGACCAGAUUUUAUUAAGGUUGGCUCUUGAUUUAGAACAAGCCAAUAUUUAACGCGGCCAGCCAGGACGACAACGACGGAUACAGGACGAUAACACAAUCUCAGUGUCAUUGAAUAAUGUGUCAAACAUAAUCAAGUUCAAAAAAACGUUGAAAAAUUCCCCCUUUUCUAUCGCCUAUCCACUCUCCACUGAAACAUUCCAUUAUCGUAACAGGGUUUCAUUUAAUAAAAGUUCUGUUACUGGUCAGAAAUAUGACAUUCAUUAUGAUACUGACAACAUCGAAAAUAUAAUAUACCUGAUUAUCGGAUAUGAUAUAUUGGUCAGAAAAAAAUCAAAAUGUGUUGAAACGUUGGGAUAGCCGCCGCUUUAAUAUUACAAUCUUACUGUUCUCAUUUAAACGUUGGGAUAGCCGUUGCUAUAAUAUUAUAAACUUACUGUUCUCAUUUAAACGUUGGGAUAGCCGUCGCUAUAAUAUUAUAAUCUUACUGUUCUCAUUUAAACGUUGGGAUAGCCGCCGCUAUAAUAUUAUAAUCUUUCUGUUCUCAUACUGCAGCGCAUUUUAAUGUUCCCACACGUUUAGCUGAUCUUUCAUCGGUACUGUUCUGACACCGUUAAUGACGAAUGUAGGCGUGAAUAAAUCAUAAACCAUAUCCAAAGGGACUGAAUGCUAAUUGUUAUAUAACAUGCACUUCUCUACUCAUUCAUAUUAUUAUUAUCGUCUAUUUUUCUCAAGUGUAUUCGCCUUCAUUUAUUUCCUACGACACUAUCUGAUUAUAUCGAUGGCGGAUUGCAUCACAAUCAGCUUGUCUGAAAUAUGACAACCCGACUCUUUCAAUAAUUGAACACGGAUAUUAUAGGAGAGGACGAAAUUGAUAACAAAAUACGUUCUCCGGGAUCUCGUAUAUCAGGAUGAUAUAUCGUGAUUAGAAAAAGGAAGGAUUGACUUGACAUUCUUAGAUGUAGUGCUGUUGCUAUUUCUGCUAAAUCUACCUACCUGUCGUUGGAAAAUAUGUUAUGAUCCAUGAUGAAACUAAGUGAUUUACGGCUGCUGAUAAGUAAGUGUAUUCGCCUUCAUUUAUUUCCUACGACACCAUCUGAUUAUAUCGAUGGCGGAUUGCAUCACAAUCAGCUUGUAUGAAAUAUGACAUCCCGCCUCUUUCAAUAAUUGAACAAGGAUAUAAUAGGAGAGGACGGAAUUGUUGCAAUAUUUCAGGAUAUUAGAUUAUCAUGAUUAGAAAAAGGAGGAACUGACUUCACAUUCUUAGAUACAGUGCUGUAGCUUUUUCUGCUAAAUCUACGUACCUGUCGUAUGAAAAUCUGUUAUGAUCCAUGAUGAAACUAAGUGAUUUACGGCUGCUGAUAAGUAAGUAAGAUUUAAAUCCGACUUUACUUUCAAAACAAAAGCGUUGGGAUUGGAUGGUCAUAUUUGGACUGAAUGUUAAUGUGGAAAUAUGCGAGGCAUGCGUAUCUGACGGAGCUUUCCAAUAUUCUAUUUGCUCUGUGUAAAUCAACAUUACCACGUAAAACAGGAUGUUUGGAGGGAUCUCGGUGUGAGUACAAAUACAAACAGAACUAAUUUACAUCAGGGAGUGCUUCAUUUUUUCACUUACCAUGGGAAAGACUGAACAAACUUUGCAGAGAAUUGGAAAUAUUUCAGAAAACAUCACUACAUCUUCUUACUUCCGCGACGGCAAACUCGAUUACUUCAACGUAACAGAAUAUUCCUUCAAUAUUACCAAGAAAGUCAUAUUAAAUGAAACGCUUGGUGAAUUGAACUUCCGGUAUGCGCAAACCCUACUUCCGUUUGCGCUUAUUUUGGGAUUGUUUUGUUUUAUUGGCAUCGUUGGUAAUUCUGUUGUGAUUGUAGUGUUUUCAUUUUGUAAGGAAUAUAGAAACACUAAUUUCAAGGUAUUCGUUCUCAGUUUAGCGGUGGUAGAUCUAUUGUCUUGUGUUACUCUAAUGCCGGCGGAAAUACUUAAAACUCGACAUUAUUUCUCAAUUUCGGACCACACUCCAUGUAAAGUUAAAUGCUUCUUUAACAUGUUUGCUAUGAAUGCUUCUGCAUGCAUUCUUCUCGUCAUUUGUAUUGACAGAUACAGGAAAGUUUGCCAGCCUUUAAAAAAGCAAAUAUGGCCAAAACUUGCAAUCAAAAUAUUAAUAGGGAUCUUCAUACUGUCACUCGUUCUCUCUUCGCCUGCACCAAUCAUGUGUGGCGUUACAGAACAUUUGAAGGUCAACCUUUAUAACGCAAAUGUUACCGUAUUUGUGUGCGCAGCUGAGAAAAAGUACCACGGGAGUACAUUCAGGUACAUUUACAAAUUCGGAUUGUCAACGGUUUUGGUAAUUAUAGCAGUGGCGCUAAUAGUGAUGUAUGUAAUGAUAAUGAAGACUGUUGUAAGACAUUGGAGUAAAAGAGGGUCUGGUGAGAGUGUUCGGUUCGAGACUAAUCGAUCUCGUCUACAGUCAAUUGACAAACUCGAUGUAGCAGGUAAUGAAGGUUUUCUUAAUGUGAAAGUGGAAGCUCACGUAAACGCUCUUCUUAAAGUGUCUUUAAAUGGUCCUAACAAAAAUAACAAAAGGGACGAUGAAGCAAAGCGGUUGAGGAGUUCUAGUAGAUCCUCGUUAAAUUCAUAUUUGACUAGAGGACGAUUUACUUUGAAACGAAGUAGCAGUGACACUUCGUUCUGCACGAGUGUCACGCAACGACACUCAUCGUCUGCCGCAAUGGGACGACUUCCUUAUAAGACUCUGAUCUGGUUCAUCCUGACGCUUGUAUUUGUGAUCACAUUCAUCAUAUACGCAGGAUUGUCGUUUAUGACCACAAGGGAGCAUGAACUGUCCCAGACCAAUCUUUUUUGGUUUCAAGUGUUUUUUCGGAUAUAUUUCAUUAACAAUAUCAUUAAUCCUAUCAUUUAUGUUUGGCUAGACAAACGAUUCAAAAAGUCCUGUAAAAAUGUCAUAACAACCUUAAAAAGAAAAUUAUGUCGGGAAUAGCUGACAUCAACGUAUAAGGUAAAUUAGAAAACCGUUGAAACAGGCAACGAGGAAAAUCGUCACCCUGUUUUUAUACUUCUUUAAAGAAAGAAACAAUACACUAUAUUCUCUAACAACUUGAUCAACUUGCCUGGUGUAUUAGAUAUCGGUCGCUUUAUCAGGGGUCUCUAGUUCACACCUCGCAGGGACCACGAUCGUAUCUGCUGACACAAGAGUUAUUCUGUCGAAUUUAUGUUUUCUUCGAAGAGGAGCUGCAUUUUAUGCAAUAUUAUGUCAGUAAAUGGUAAAACUUGAUUAAAAUGUUGCUAACUGCUGGAGUCAUUAAAAGCUUCCAACUUUUCAAAAAAUAUACCUAGACAGAAGUGUGUUGAAACAUCUAGUUGUUCUCGUGUCAGAUCUUCAUUCAGAAAUAUUAUUGACAAACGCUUUGUGAAAAUACAUUUUGUGCUCAAUUAACCCUUGAAAUUGUUGAAAUAUUGAGGCAGAGAGCACGUUUACAAAUCUAUUAUUUUUUUGCAGGAAAACCACUCUGAUUCAGAUGUUUAGAAAACGUAACAAUCGAAACAAUACUGGCCACUUUGAUUGUAUUUGUUUUCCACACAACUAAGAUCAAAUGAUAAAGGCGUAUGAAAUGAUGA